GGAGAUGUUAGCAUCCCUUACCCUUUUGGGAUUGGACCUAAUAGUGAGUGCUACCUUGAAGAAUGGUAUGAAAUAGAGUGCAACAACGCUACAAGCCCUCACAAGCCUUUCUUGAAGCACACCAAUCCCAGGUUAGAGGUCCUGAAUAUUUCUAUCAAUGGGAAUCUUCACGUUAACAGCCAUGUUACUUUCUUCUACGAAGGAGCACCGCAAACUGAACAACUAGGGCCAAACUUGACCGGAAGCCCCUUUGUGUACUCUCAGCAAGGCAACAGAUUCAUAGCAGCGAGUUGUGGGUACUUUGCCUUGGUGAAGUCAGAUCCUGAUCAGCGUAUUGUUGGUGGGUGCAUGUCGACUUGUGAUCAGGGUACAUGGAGCUAUGGCAGAUGUCUUGGUAUUAACUGUUGCCAGACUACUCUCCCUCAAUAUCUCACUGUGAUCAGCAGCGAGUUACGACCUGAAUCUGGAGAGAAUGUUAUGAAGAGCCAACUACUGUUUGCUAAUUACAACUAUUCAUCGUACUCUAGUCAUGACGACUCCAUAUUCUUUCCUAAUGGGAAAGAGACUUAUAUACUACUUCCCCCCGAUCCAACAACGAUUUGCACGGUCUACAUGGCGUCGGCGGCAACAAACAACAAGUUUGCAGAGAUGAGAUGUUUAUGUCGUGCUGGGUUCGAAGGAAAUCCCUAUCUGCCAACUGGAGGUUGUCGAGAUAUUGACGAAUGCAAGCACGGAAACCCUUGUAGUGGUUUAGAUGAGGUAUUGCACAUUAGUGAAGAUGUGUGUCGGAAUACCGUGGGGAGUUACAUGUGCAACUCAGGUUUUGGCAUUGGUUUUGGAACGUUGUUACUAGUUCUUGCUGCAUGGUGUGCCUACACAGUCAUAAAGGAAAUAAAAACCAUUGAACAGAAGAAUAUAUUUUUCAAACGGAAUGGUGGGUUAUUGUUAAAACAACAACUUUCAUCUGGUGAAGUUAACAUUCAGAAGAUCAAGUUGUUCACAUCAGAUGAGUUAGAGAAGUCCACAGACAAUUUUAGUAUCAAUAGGGUUGUUGAUCAUGGAGGCCAUGGUACUGUUUAUAAAGGUAUGUUGGCAGACGGAAGAAUCGUUGCUGUAAAAAAAUCAAAAAUGGUGGAUGAAGGACAACUUUCGGAGUUCAUCAAUGAGGUUGUCGUUCUUUCGCAGAUAAAGCACAGGAAUGUGGUCAGAUUAUUAGGUUGUUGUUUAGAGACGGAAGUUCCACUUUUGGUUUAUGAAUUCAUACCUAAUGGAACAUUGUUCCAGUAUAUCCAUGAAAAGAACGAGGACCUUCCACUUACAUGGAAGAUGCGUGUGCGAAUAGCCACAGAAGUUGCAGGAGCUCUUUCAUACUUGUACAUAGCAGCUUCAUGUCCCAUAUAUCACAGAGAUAUCAAGUCUACGAACAUACUCCUAGAUGAAAAAUACAGAGUAAAAAUUGCUGAUUUUGGAACUUCAAGAUCCGUUGCUGUUGAUCAAACGCACUUAACCACUCUUGUACAUGGGAUGUUUGGUUACUUGGACCCAGAAUACUUCCGAUCAAGCAAGUUUACUGAGAAAAGUGAUGUGUAUAGCUUUGGCGUGGUUCUUGUUGAGCUUUUAAGUGGACAAAAGCCGGUUUCUGUAGUAAGUAUGGUGAACGAAGAAGAAGAAUACCGAAGUCUUGCAGCCUAUUUCAUUGUUGUGAUGCAAGAAGGUCGUCUAUUUGACAUAAUUAAUGCACAAGUUUUGAAUGAGGCCUCGACGAGAGAGAUUAUGACAGUUGCUAAGCUUGCAAAACGAUGCUUAAAUUUGAAUGGCAAAAGGCGCCCAACAAUGAAAGAAGUCACCACUGUGUUGGAGGCCGUACAGAUAUCAAUGAAAAAUUCUAAUAACAUGAUUACAUAA